AUGGAUACGGAUGUAGAUGAUAAUUCAUUAAAAUUUUUUAGUAUAAACAACAAAUAUGAAGAUCACAUAAAAAAUAAAAAUUCCAAAGAAAAGAGAAAUGAUGCUUCCAGUAAAAAGAGAAAUAAUUACGCGAACAAGGGUAACAUAAAUGACGGGAAUGAAGUAAUUGAUAAUUCGUGUGAGAGCUUCGUAACCAUAUCAGACGAAAGUUCGUGCGCAAGCUCCAUCUAUCAAAAUCAUUUUUAUGAUGAUGAUGAUGAUAAUGCAAAUGAUGAUAAUAAUAAUUAUAAUAAUGAUGACGAUCAAAAUGUUGAUCGCAAUCAUGACCAUAAUUACAGUUCUAUAAAUGGACGCAGUAAAAUAAAUUACGGUUUUCAUUAUAGAAAUUCAAACAGCUUUUCUGAUUAUUCCUUAUCAGAUGACGAAUACGCAAAUUAUAUAGAUAAAAAAGAAAAAUUUGUAAAUAAAAUUUUGAAUCAAAAUAACUACAUAUAUUAUGAGGACGAGGAUGGAGAUGGAGACGAAGAUGGAGAUGAAGAUGAAGACGAAGACUACUUGUAUCAAAUCAAAGCUACUGAUGAAAUACAGAAUGUACCAAAAACUGCAGGAGGGAAAAAUAAAUGGAGAAAUUUGUUUACCUUUAAUAAAAACACUAAUGCAGCAUCUUCAAAAGGAAAGAAUAAAACUUCAGAACAAAGAGCACAACGAGAACAGUUCCUAAAUGACAAAAAAGAGUAUAACAAUAUGUCUAGUCUAAACCGUAAAAGUACUAGUGCCCCAAAAUCUUCUGAUAAGGAUAAUGGUAAUAAGGAUAAUGGUAAUAAUGAUGAUGAUAAUAAUGAUUAUGAUAAUAAUGAUGACGAAGAUGAUCUAUACUCUGUUAUAAGUGGGAUGGAAGGUGAUAACGGACCAUUUGUUGCUGGUGAUAAAAAUGACAGCGGUGAUAUUAUGAACAACUUAAACAAUAAUGCUAUUAAUUUAGAUAUUGACAAUAAUUCUAAUAAAGAUAGCAAUGUUAAUAGUGCUAGUAAUGUUAAUAACGCUAAUGCUGAUAAUACUGAUAAUACUGAUAAUAAUGAUAAUAAUGAUAAUAAUGAUAAUAAUGAUAAUAAUGAUAAUUAUGAUAAUAAUGAUAAUUAUGAUAAUAAUGAUAAUUAUGAUAAUAAUGAUAAUAAUAAAAAUAAUGCUAAUACUGAUAAUAAUGACAAUAAUGACAAUAAUGAUAAUACUGUUAAUAAUAAUAAUACUGAUAAUCAUGAUAAUAGUGCUAAUAAUGAUGAUAGUUACAACAAUGACAAAGGUAUAAGUUCUAAUCCUGAUAAUAAUAUCAAAAAUAAAGAACAAAAGGAAAAAGUUGGUGGUGAUACUAUUUCCAAAUCUGGAAAUUUAGAUAAAAGGAUUAAAUUUCUUGAUGAAAAAAAUUACAUAGAAAGUACCAAACAUGUGAGGCAAUUCAGACAGACAGAACAACAAAAAAAAAAAAAUGCAAAUAAUUUGGUAUCUAAUGCAGAUGAAAAAAAAAAACAGAAAAAAAAGAAGGAUAAGCAGCACAGUUACACAACAAACAAUUAUGAAUUUAAAAAACUUGUGACAUCUACCAUUAAUCUUUGCCAUCCCAAAAUAAAAAGUGCUAAUAACACCGAAGAUAUUUUAAGUAACAUGGAAAAAAUAGCGCGAAUUGUUAUAACUGACGAUAAAAAUGAAAGUUUGACUAAAGAGAAAGGAGAUAAUACCAGUGGCUUAUACGAUGAGGUAGACAAUAUUUUAGAUGAUAGAAAUAAAUUUUAUAUGGAAAAAAGAGAUAAGUAUAUUUUGAGUAAAGGUAAUGAUACUAGUACUAUAAUGAAUAAUAUAAUAGUGGAAAGUAUGAAAAAAAAAAAUAAGGAGAUUUUAUGUAAUGAAAAAUUGAGAAAUGGGAAUAAUAACAAUUAUGACUUAGCAUAUUCUGAGCAAGAAAAAAUAAAUGAACACCUCCAACAUUUUGUAUACUAUUUAAAUAAUGAUAUGAUUAAAUUAAAUGAUAAUAUUUUAAAAUUACACAGUGGUGGAUCAGAUUAUGCUCAAAGAAAAGUUUGUACGACAAAUAUUAUAAACCUUGUACCACAGUUACAUAAUAUAUAUGAAAAUGAAAACUUAUGCUAUAUUAAGGAUUCUCCAUAUUUUAGUGAAAUAUAUAAAAUUGUACCAGAAUGGAAAAACUCUUUUGAAUUGUUAAAUAAGAAAGCACACGAUGAUACAGAAGAUAUGAAGAAAAUUUUAAAAAGGAUAGAAAUUAUCAAAAAUGAUUUAGAUGAAUUAAAUAAAGAUUUAACUGAAGAUAGAAAAGAAUUUGAGAAUAUAAAAUUUGAAACAGUUCAACAUGAAUCUAUGAUUGCAGCAUACGAAAAGAAAAGCAAAAUGCAUAUCAAAGGGAUAUUAAAAAUGGAUAAUAUGUCUAUCAAGUUGAAAAAAAUUCAUAACAUUGGUACUAACAAUUUAAAUAAUUUUUCCGUAUCUGAAAAUGUGAAUAGGCUAUUAAAAUGCAUAGACAAUACAUUAACAGAUCCUUCACAAAUUUUCGCGGAAGAUAAAGGUAUGGAUAUAUUACGAUUUCAACAGGCAGACAGUGCAUUUAAUUAUUUAACAAAUACAGAUGAUGAAUCAUGUUUUAUUAUGAACUUAUUAAAAGAAGAGUUAAAAGACAUGAUUUUAGAAAAAAAAGAACAGUUACAAAAUAUAAUUAAAAAGACAACAUUGUACAAUACUUUUAACAAAAAUACAUAUAAAGAUCAUAUAAUGAAUGUUUUGAAUAAACAGAGUAUCCUUAUUAAUCAGAUCAAAUGUAAUAUACAGUCUAAUGUACUUUUAUUAUUUGAAAUGUACGAAAAAUUUAUACAAAAAAAUAUGAAAACAAUAAAAAUUUCAGAUACUCAUGUGAAGGAUUAUAUUAAUGAAAAUAUUAAAAAAUCAUAUAUGAUUAAAUCAUAUAAUGCCACCAAAAAAAAUGCGUCCAAAUAUUUUAGUUGUGUUAAUUUUACCAGAAAUAAACCAAUAAUUCAUCCUUUUUUUAUUCAUUAUUGUUUAGGGGAAAAAUUUGUACAUCAUUUUAUUACAUUUGUUUUAGAUCCCUUAUCUGAAGAAAAUCAAAAAAAUUUCAUGCAAUAUUGUUCUGUACCAGGAUUUAACUCUUUUUUAUUUACAGAAAAAAUUGUUAAAUUGUAUAGACAGGAAGAGCAAUUUACAAAGAUUGAUACAUCCUACGACUUUUCAUCAGCAUAUUCUAGAAUUAUCUUACCAGAUGUUUUGGAUCCAUCUGAUUCAACCAAUAUAUCCGUUAUGAAUCAAAAUUUUGAAAUAAUGAAUGAAGAAAAUCAGUAUCUAAUUGCUUUAAAAAAUUCAUCAGAUUGUUGUUUUAAGUCUAUUUUAGAAAAUAAUGAAUAUGAUAAUAAUUACUCUUGCAUACAAUCAAGUAAUGAUUUUAACUUGAUACAGUAUAUACCUGAUUCAAUAACACAUAUGUCAAAUUGUUCAGCAUAUAAAAAUUAUGGGAACAUUAACAAUAAUUCAUAUGCUAUGUUAGGAAUGACAAAUUACAGCAAUAUGAACCAACUGAAUAACACACCAUCAUUCACUAAUAAUAUGUUAACAAUGAAUAGAAAUCCUCUGUUCAGUAAUAAUAAUUCUGGUAGUAUAUUUAAUCAGAAUAGCAGUAAUAUAUUUGCAAAUAACAUAACGGGAGGUAGCAUGUUUGGAGCUGUUAAUACAAACAGUGCUAUAAAUACGAUGAAUAAUAAUAACAACUCUCUAAGUAAAUGUUUUAACUUUUUUGGAAAUACUGUUGGUAGUUCAUCUAGUAUGUUCAGCAGUAAUUUAGGUUCCAACAAUCCUAACAGUAUAUUUGGAAAUAACGUACAAAAUAAUUUAAUUGGUUGUAGUGGUAGCGCAUUGAACAAUCUUUUUAGCGGUAGUAAUAAAAACAACAGUGCAGGUAGCGCGUUGAACCAAAAUAAUGUUAACAUAUUUGGUAAUAAUACAACGGGAGGUAGCAUGUUUGGAGCUGUUAAUACAAACAGUGCUACUACUACCAUGAAUAAUAAUAAUAAUAAGAAUGCCUUAGGUAGCUCUUCUAAUUUUUUUGGAAACACUGUUGGUAGUUCAUCUAGUAUGUUCAACAGUAAUGUAGGUUCCAACAAUCCUAACAGUAUAUUUGGAAAUAAUGUACAAAAUAAUUUAAUUGGUAGUAGUUCGAGGGGAAUGAAUAGCCUAUUUAGCGGUAAUAAUAAUAUGAAUAGAAAUAACUUAUUUAAUAGCAAUAACAACAGUAAUAACAAUAACAGCAAUAUGUUAAGCAUGUCAAAUAAUUUGCUAACAACUAAUGCACAAAUGGAUAAUGUUGGAUUUGCUAAUAAUAAUAAUAAUCGGAACAUUUUAAAUACUUCCAUCAAUAGCAGCACUAGUUCACUUUUUAAUAAAAAUUCGUUAAAUACAUCUUCUAAUAAUAUUUUUAAUAAUAGUAAUACUUCUGGCAGCAUAAAUAACAGCCCCAAUAGCACGUUUUCCGCUUACAACAAUUCAACAAACACGAAUUCCAGUAUUUUUUCAAAUAAUAAUAAUAAUAAUGCCUACGGAUCAAAUUUUACCAACAGUAAUACUUUUACAGGAUUUAAGGAUAACAUGUUUUCAACAGCAUCUGGAAGAAACGAAGGAACGAAUUAUAGCUUAUUUUCACAAAAUAACGAUAGUAUGAAUAAUAGAGCACAAAAUAACAUGUUUUGUACUGGUGGCAAUACUAAUAAUAAUUCGAUGGAUUCGAUGAAUCCGAAUAACACUAAUGCUGCUUAUGGGAAUAAAUACAACUACGGAAUGUCAAGUAAUAAUAGUACCACAAACAGCAGUUUGAUUAACAGAGGUAUUGGAUACAACAACCAAUCAUCUGUUUUUAACGGGAACAGUAGUUAUAAUAACUUAUUAAGUAAUACCAAUGAUAACAGGAUUAUUAAAAAUAGUAAUAACAUUAGUAAUAACAUUAGUAAUAGCAUUAGUAAUAGCAAUAAUGCCUUUUCUUCAAAUAACAAAUAUCCUAACCUCUUUUCAAGCAGUGGUGCAUUAGGAAGUAGUGCAAAUAAUACAUCGAAAGACAGUCUAUUUGGUAUGAGUUCAAACAAUUUAUCAAGUAAUAAUAAGAGUGGUUUAUUUAAUAAUUCAAGUAGCAUGUCAGGGAAUAGUUUAUUUAAUAAUAAUUUAUCCUACAGUAAUAAUAGUUUAUAUAAUUCGAAGAACAAUUUAUUAAGCUUAAACAAUAAUAACCAGUUCAGAUCAAAUGCAAGUGGUAUGUUAGGCAAUAACACCAAUCAUGUUAGCGGAGGUAAUAGUAACAUGUUAUUAUCAAACAGUAACAUUUUAAAUAAUAACAACAAAUCAUCAUUUAUGUUUUCAAAUGAUAAUAAAGAUACACGUAAUGCUUAUGAUAGUAAUAAGUUCUUUCAAGAUACAACCAGUAGUUUUAAUUCAACUUCAAAAAAUGGCAUGACAUCAAACCUUUCGAAUAACUUGUUUCAGAAAAAUACCUUUUCAUCAGUGAACCAAAAUAAAGGGCCUAUGUCAAAUUUUAAUUCAUCUUCUCAGAAUAAUUUUUAUUUAUUAAAUAAUAAUAAUAAUAAUAAUAAUAACAGUAAUAAUGUUAACAAUAACAAUAACAACUUUCAGCAAGGAAAUUCAUCCAAUUUUCCUUCUAUUUUUAAAUCAUCAAAUAAUAACACAAUAUUUUCAAGAUAA